AUGGCUACUGAGUCUGAUCCUGCAGUGACGCGUGUCACUGUCUUACUGAACACACCAGACGACUGGUUUACCUGGUUGUUCAUCCGCCGAGACGUUGCCAACCGCCACGGUCUCUGGCAGUACAUCAACCCUGAUAUAGCGAGGGAGCUGCUCCCUGCGCUGACUGAGGCUGCUGAGCCUCAACUCAUAGACUACAAGGCUGGAGCUACUAGGCUCUCUGACCUGACUGCAGACGACCGAGAGUCUUACCGAUGGGAAUGCGAUCGAUGGGAGCGCCGCCGCUCUGAAUACCGCACCCAGAAGAAGGCCUUGGCUGACUUGAACACGGACAUCAGCAAGACGAUUGCUGUACGCCACAUCCACCUAAUCAAGGAUCACGAGACACCCUACGACCGACUGGUCGCUCUUAAGAAGUUCCUUUGCCCAACCGACGCAACUCACCGCCGCGAGCUUGCUGACAAGUACAACACUCUCAAGACUGCUCCACAAGCUGCAAAGAAGAUCGAGCAAUGGCUCACUGACUGGGACUUUCUGAUCGCCUGCAAGGCUCUGGAUCAGGAAUAUGCUACGUCCUGCCUACGCGAGAUCUUCAAACAUGAAGCGCGUGGCACUACUGCAGAGAUCUCAUCUCUUGAGACAUACGUCGCUGAGAUGACCACAUACCUACGCCGCACGAAGCCUCAAUCUACAGGCCUGGCAGUCUCUGCUGCUGAGCUCGGAAUCACGAAGCCAACUGAGACUCAAUCGACUGGUCGCGGUCACCGUGACGGUGCACGAUCAAUUCCUACCUGCGUAUGUGGGAAGCAGCAUUGGUACACUGACUGCUUCAUCCUGAAUCCACGCCACCCGGCACGUCCGAAGACCUAUCAGCCUGCAGCUGAGGCCGUACGCAAGGUUGAGGAAGCGCGGAAGGACUCUAAGAUCAACGCGCGCAUCAAGGCUGCUCUUGCGAGAUGGUUGACCCGCCAACCUCAGAACACUGGAUCACUGCGAGUCGAUGACGGCGAGCCACCUGUCAACACUGACACGUUCGUGAUAUCGACUGGCCCAUUACUCAAGCCUCUCCACGACGGCCACGACGGCCACAACGGCCACGACGGCCACAGCAGUCACGACAGGCACAAUCAAGUUGACCACGAUGAUGAGGUCGUCAUUGCUAUUGACGCUCACACUGAGCCUACGGGAUCU